AUGACUCAAAUACCUACACCACCGGAUUCGCGACCAGGCUCGGAGGCACCUGAAGCAAAAACGAAGCCCAUAGCCUCGGAUCUGGUUCAAUCGUUGGAUACACUUCUUGAGCAAUAUUUGAACCUACUGGACAAGCAGCAGAAGCUGCAAACAGGCCUAGCAAAACAGUUGUCCUCGGGGUUCUUCGCUCUCGCCCAGGCCAAUUUCUCGUGUCCUCCUGGCCGCCGCUAUGGGCCCGACUUCUACGACGAGCGCAUGAAAGCGACAAGGAAGAUCUCAAUUAAACACGAACAAAACAUUGCGGACGAAUGCACCACCGAUUCGGAGAACAAGAGUGCUGCUUCGCUACCCUCUGACUACAAGUUCGCUACCGAGUCCACACCCAAUACUCCACCGAAAGCAGAUAUAGAUGAGAAGAAAGUUGAGACCUCCGACCCCGUGAAGGGUGUCCAACUCGAAACAGGAGAGACUGCAGUGGACCAACAAACAACACCAGAAACCCCCGAGACUUCAGAGGACGGCAGUCCAACCGCCGAGAAGAAGCCGAAGGCCAACCGCAAGAAGUUCCAUUCUGAUGAUCCACUCCAUUGGUAUGGAAUCCUAGUGCCCCAGUCGCUGCGCAGGGCACAGCGCUCUUUCGCAAAUGCGAUUGACACCGAGGUCCCUGAACUGGCUAGUACGACAAGUGAAAUGCGGACGCUGGAGGAGCAAAUAACCAAGCUGCGGGCCCAGCUGGUACCUGAAGAUUUAGGGGAACGUCAUGAUCUUGUCCAACGUGGUACCAAAUGA